UGUCAUACCGUCCAUCAUCCACAAGGAACAGUGACAGCCCUUCACGUGUCUAUCUACACAAGUAGCUUGCACUGCUUAACAUAUCCCAGCAAUCUCCUCCAGGCAAUUGACUCUCGGUUACUGUUUCCUUCAACUAUCUAACAGAAUACUUAUUUGCUGCCGGUCUCAACCGUCUGUCACUUCUGCUUGAACCCUCCAUCCAUCCCUCAUACAUUCUCUCUGUAGAUAUCCUGGUACCAUUCCCUUCUAGAAGCUCUCGGCCCACCAAGAAUGUCUUCUGAAAAGCCCAAUGAUGUACUCCUCAAGGAUAUCUUAGAUGGUUUAAAUGCUUUGCGGAAGGAGAACUCCGAGCUUGCAUCCGCCAUUGACGGUAUCAAUGGACGGGUGAACAUGCUCGCUGGAGUCAAGCAGCUACAAGAUGGUGCCUCAAACAAGGCCUCAAAUGGGCCUUCUUCCGUGGAUAAGGGAAAGGAAGUGGAGUCCGAGAAGACCGUAGAAGCUGUUAGCCAGCAGUACGAGGAUGCGGCAGCCAGUGUUGAAGCUUCUCGCCGACCAAGCGUGUCUAAGUUCUCCAAAAUCAUCUUGACAUCUUACCCUGGCCAGGCUGGGGUCGAUCCCUUGCCAAUGGAUUGGGGUCAUCAAGAUCCUAAAGUGAGAGGUCCGGUUGUCGUGUCAAGGCAUCCAGGCACAAUUCGACGACGAAACGCCAUCGGUGCCCACGGCGGUUCCUACAGUAUCUACCAUGCCCUCGCAGUGGCCAGCAAGAACCUUGACGUGGACCAUAAGCCGGACUUUACGAACACCGAGCCUGCGGCACAGAUUGGACCAUUCCCGCAAUGGAGUGACAAGAAGAAGAUUGUUGCCAUGGAUCCGUUGGGCCAUCUCGCACCUUGGCUAUACAAGGAGAUCAUGGACGGGGAAGAUGUUGAAAUUAGGCCUACUAUCGCCAUCACCCGAGCACACAUGAAACUUCCAGAGCUGGAGGCAAGCGUACAGAAAGGCCGUCUUGUUCCGGAUGGGAAGAUAUGUCUGAAUGAGACUGGUGAACUUGCGGUCACCAAAGUAGCCGUAGAGCCUGUGUGGUAUCUCCCCGGCGUAGCUGAGAGAUUUGGAAUUGAUGAAGGUACACUUCGCCGCACACUGUUCGAGGAAACUGGUGGAUCCUACCCUGAGCUCAUCACCCGCCAUGACAUUAAAUUGUUCCUCCCUCCCAUAGGAGGAUUGACGGUGUACAUCUUCGGUGAUCCUGCUAAGAUGGCCGAUCCUAACGUCCGCCUUGCCCUUCGCGUUCAUGAUGAAUGCAAUGGUAGCGAUGUAUUCGGGUCCGAUAUCUGCACUUGCAGACCCUAUUUGAUCUUCGGCGUCGAGGAGGCCGUAAAAGAAGCCCAGAAGGGAGGCAGCGGUGUAGUCAUCUAUUUCCGAAAGGAAGGAAGGGCAUUAGGCGAAGUGACCAAAUAUCUCGUGUACAACGCCAGAAAGCGAGGAGAGGACCGAGCCAGCGAAUACUUCAAGAGGACAGAGAACAUUGCUGGAGUCAAGGACAUGCGUUUCCAAGCCUUGAUGCCUGAUAUUCUACAUUGGCUAGGUAUUACCAAGAUCGAUCGAAUGCUAAGCAUGUCCAACAUGAAACACGACGCUAUUGUGGAGCAAGGAAUUCCAAUCCAUGAGCGGGUUCCGAUUCCCGAAGACAUGAUUCCGGAGGACAGCCGUGUUGAGAUUGAUGCUAAAAUCCAGGCGGGUUACUUCACAACGGGCCAUGUCAUGACCAUGGAUGAAUUGUCAAACGUGAAGGGACGCGGAUGGGAAGAUAUCGAUCAUUGAGCGAGGACGCGAGCCGACACAUUCGUCUAGCGCUGGGGUGUUGGGGGACUGGCAGUCAUCUGAACAACAUGAAAUGCCAAGCAAUGCCUUAAUUGGGUUCCAUUUACGGCAUGACAAGAGUGCGUUGCGUGUCCUGCAGGUUCAACAGCGCAAGUAUCGCGGUUAGAUUGAUAUUUCGAUACGUUGGUAAGGCUGCCAUCUAGACUUGCAAGGCAUGCAAGGCAGCCUUGACAU